GCAAUAUUUAUUCUUAUCAACCGUUAUCACGUUGAUUGUAUUUCAGAUUAUUAUAGUUUGUUUAGUGUUUACGUUUUGUUUUAAAAAAUUUUAAAAAAGGAAUAUUUAUUAUUUAUUAUUAUAAAUAAACCGAACGCCAUUUAGAUGACAAAAUAAAGUUUUUAAAUUCAAUUUUAUUUUAUAACUGGGUAAUAUUAUUGUUUGAUUUUUAUUGAGGAGUGUUUUAAAUCGUUAAGUAUGGCACAAUAUAUGAAUGCAGCGGUCGAUGAAGACGCUGCUUUGCUACAGUUUCCAAAAGAAUUUGAAAAUGCCGAAACAUUGCUUAUAUCUGAGGUAAACAUGCUUCUGAAAUUUCGAAAGAACCAGAACGAGAGUGCUGAAGAAGAACAAGAAUUCUCUGAAGUAUUUAAUAAAACACUAACGUAUACAGAGCAGUGUUCGAAAUUUAAGAAUAAAGAAACUAUUGUUGCUGUACGUAAUUUGUUAGCUGGCAAAAAGUUACACAAGUUUGAAUUGGCGUCUAUUGGCAAUCUCUGUCCACAACUAGCUGACGAGGCAAAAUCGCUUAUACCCAGUUUAGAUGGCAGAUUUGACGACGAUGAAUUACAACAAAUUCUCGACGAUAUACAAGCUAAAUUAAGUAUCCAGUAUUAAAAAUUUCGAAUGGUUUGUUUAUAAAAUUCCAGAAAUGGUAAAAAAUUAUUUGAUAGAUAUCAGUUCUAAUAGGAAAUAUUAAAUAAUACUUUGUCUCUUUUAUUAUAAUAUUUAAAUAGCCUAAGUUUACCGUUAGCUGUUGAAAAAAAAACUUUUUGUAAAUUAAAAUAUAUGGCGUUUUUUUUAUUUUGAA